AUGCCAGUCCCUUCAACUACGCUUGUCUUUGAAUCGGGGAUCCACGCUAUACCCGGCAACUCGAUGGGACCCAACUCUCUGGAUGCCCUAGUCCGGCACCAAUUAGCGGCUGCGUCCAGAGACCUAGCAUCAGAGGCUGAAUUCACCGCCGCCGGGACAUCGCCCGGACAUCACCAAAACAUCAUUAACGAUGUGGGCGACUACCUUGCCCAAACCGCCCGAAUGUGGUAUUCCUUGACAAAUAGACUGGUUCAAGGGCCACAUGUGGAGAGAGCGGCGGAAGACGCUCAUGAGCGGUCCUUUACAACGACUCAUAUGGCGGAUUUACAACCAAUGGCCACCAUGGACAUAAAUAUCACCAAGCUAGGCAAGAUUCGUGAUCUGGCAGAGAAAUUCUCCGAAGAAGUACAAGAAGUCUGGCAGCGGAAACCCGAAUCUGGAGCAGGGUUAUCUGGGUCUACUUACCAGGUCAUUCCUCCGUUUCCUGCUGUCAAGUCUGAGCCUGCGGGUUGGAUUCAGCAACCAGGCAGAGGAAGUGACGCUGGUCUUGGUGGCCGUGGUGGUCAGCGAAACCUACUAUCUCAAAACACUGAUGAUACUCUAUCUCCUGGAGGAAACAUCUCUGCUUCAGAAGAUUCGGGAGGAGAUGAGGAUGAGCAGUUCAGCAAGAUUGAUAUGGAUGCUCUCAAACAAAGAGGCAAAGGCUCAUAUCACUGCCCGUUAGAAUAUCGGUGCGACAAGGGUGGCGUUGACAAAGAGGGUAAUCUUGUCAUCUUUGAUCGAAACUCUUCUUUCGCGUAA